GGAAGUCAGACAAUGAAGUCAACGACAGCAACGGAACUGCCAUAAACAAGCUGUCGCAAACUAGCUGUCGGUUUACCUUCAGUUUUCCUCCUCUCUAUUCAAGUUCAAAGGGGAUUUACAGAUCGAAGCGCCCAACACCUCACCUCUAAGCAAGAUGCAGCUCCCCACGACCAUCCACGCCCCGCCAUCCCUCGACUCCUUCACCCCGCUCACCGAACACCAAUCAACCACCCCGAGCACCUUUUUCAGCGAAACACCCGUCCUCCACUACCACGGCCCGAAUGCGCGCGCUCUAAUUGCGCCCGAGCAUCUGUCCGCUCUCCCAAUAUUCACCUCGGCGCAAAACAGCGUGGAAACCAAUGCGCAGGCAGCCGCCAACGGAGAUAAAGCCGAGGAGAAUACCAAUGGCGAUGCGGCAACCCAACCUGCAGCCCAAAAGGUAUUCCCGGUAGAUAUCUACGUCAGCAGCUCAAACCUCACCCUCUUCUCCGCAGCCACCUCCACCGGCGUCGAAAUCCCAUACCAAUCCAUAACCCUCCACGCCAUCCAGCGCCUCCCAUCCCCCACCCCCGAAGCCGACGGCGAGACAGUGCAGGGCCUCUACAUGCAGCUUGAUCUCGCGCCGCCGAAUGACGAGGACGAGAUGAUGGACCCAGUCGAGCUGAUCCUCCUUCCCCCGACCCAAGCGCAGCCCACCACGACUGAAGAGCCCAUCAAGACCCUCUUCGCCGCCGUAUCAGCUUGCUCGAAUCUACACCCCGACGCCGCGGACUCAGACGAGGAGAUGGGAGAAACGGACCGUAUCGUCUUCGAGGGCUCAGUCGGAUACGAGGGUAUUAGCGGGCUACCAGGAGUGGUCAGUCUGCCUGGUGAUGAGGGGCUACCACCACCAUUCCCAGGGAGUGGGGGUUGGAUCACGGCUGAGAAUGUGGGAGAUUUCUUCACGCCUGAAGGAGAGUGGAUCGGCCGUGAUGGAGACAAGGAGGAGGGGGAGGAGAAUGCGGAUGGAAAGAGGGAGAAUGGCAGGAGUGAGGAAGGUGAUGAUCAGGGGGCGAAGAGGGCGAGGGUUGAAUAAGAGGUGUUGGUUCUGCUGAAAUAGUGAGCAACUGGGGUGAAAAGUUAGGAUAUAGCAUGUUGUGGCGUAAUGGUUGGGGCAAUAGAAGCAGCAGGAGCGACCACACAAACGCUCCUUCCACAAAUAUGGAAAGGCAAAAGUAGCAGGAGCGAUCUGGGGAAUGCUCCUGCCGCCACCAAGCAUCAAUGCACCCAUAGCUCCUUCCCACCGAUAGCUCUUUCCCUCUGGUGGCUAUUUCGCGGCUGAUAGCUUCUUCCCGGCUGUACUAUUUAAUGGUAUUACAGUCUGUGAUCUUCAGGUGUGGAUUAUUUGUAGCACCUCC